AUGGACACACUCCUCUCCCAACUAGAUGCUCUUGUCCUCAAGCCAGAACUUGCCCCGUUAUUAUCCCUCUUCAAGGGCGCGCGCAAUGGUAUCGUCUACGGGUCAAAAGUGCGGUUUCCGCAUGCGCUGGUGAUGAUAUUACUCUUCCGCUCUGGGACAUUACCAGAAAAGCUCAAGCUGGUCCUUAAAGCGACGCGCCUCCAUGCACGAAACCUCGCUACCUUUUCAGUGGUCUAUAAGCUCUCCAUGAUUGUUCUCCGAAACAUAAACCCCACGUCUGCCGGGAAGGAAAGCCGAUACGAUAGCUUUUUUGCGGGUUUGAUGGGCGGAUAUACGGUCUUCGGACGCCAGGAAGGAAGCAUCAGCAAGCAGAUCGUCAUCUACGUCUUCGCGCGAGUGAUGCUCUCACUCGCCAAACUCGCCAUCCAACCAGGCAUGAACCCUCUAUCCUCCCUAAUCGACGCCGAAACCCGCACACAAAUAAACAACAACGCAUGGCCCGUCUUCGCCAGCUUCACAUGGGCUUUCGUCAUGUACAUUUUCCGCUGGUAUCCCGAGACCCUAGUUUCCAGCCUACGCAGUAGCAUGGUAUACAUCUAUGCCGAUUCUGAUCAUUGGGACUCGUUCCGAACUCUGUUCAUCCACAACAAGUGA